AUGGCGUCCAACGCAUCUUCGACGAUGACGACGAUGGUUUUUCGACCAACGGUUUCGAAUAGUUCUAGCGUAGUCGCCUCUUCUUCGGCAUCAUCAUCGUCCUCUGCGGCGGGGAGACGAAGUCCAAUAAUGCAGAACAACAAGUUUAGUAACAACAACGACGAGAAGAACAGAAUAUUAAAUAGAAGAAGACGAGAGAAGAGAAUAACGAGAGGAAAUCUCGCUGUGAACAACGCGAUAACGAGGCCGGAGAUUGACUGGUCGAAACUUGGUUUUGGUUUAACCGAAACGGAGUCCAUGUAUAUCGCCGAGUGCACCAUCGAUGGGCAGUGGAAAGUUGGGUCAAUUCACCCGUACGGAAACAUUUCGGUGUCACCAUCCGCGGCGGUGUUGAAUUACGGUCAAGGGAUCUUUGAAGGCAUGAAAGCUUUUCGAACGCCCGAGGAUGAGAUCGUUACGUUUCGUCCGGAUGAAAACGCGAAGAGGUUUGCGGAAGGCGCCGGGAGGAUGUCGAUGCCGCCGGUACCGAAGGACAUCUUCGAAGACGCGGUGAAGAAGGUUAUCAGCGCGAACAGAGACUACGUGCCGCCAGUUGGGGUUGGAUCCUUGUACAUUCGACCGUUGUUGAUUGGGACUGGGGCGAUUUUGGGGUUAGGUCCGGCGCCAUCGUAUACAUUUUUGAUUUACGUCAGUCCGGUUGCUUCGUAUUUCAAGGGAGGUCAGUUGUCGCCGAUCGAUUUGAUCGUCGAAGAGGAUUACCAUCGAGCCGCGCCAGGCGGGACCGGAUCCACGAAAUGCGUCGGAAACUACUCUCCAGUUUUGAAAGUGCAGUUGCAAGCGAAAAAAGAGGGGUUUUCGGACGUUAUUUAUUUAGACGCCAAAGAGAACAAAUACAUCGAAGAGGUGUCUUCGUGCAACUUUUUCGUGGUGAAGGGCAAAACGAUCGCCACGCCGGCUUUGGAAGGGACCAUUUUACCCGGCAUCACGAGAAAGAGCAUCAUCGAAUUGGCCAGAGACAAAGGAUACACGGUCGAGGAAAGAAAAGUGGGCUUGGAUGAAGUCUUGUCCGCGGACGAGUGCUUUUGCACCGGCACCGCGGUCGUCGUCGUCCCGGUUGGCUCGGUCACGCACCGAGGCAAGAAAACCGUCUUUUGUGACGGCAAAAUUGGCGCCACCGGACAAAUGUUAUACGACGAGCUCACCGGCAUCCAACAAGGUCGUUUAAAAGAUACCAAAGGGUGGAUCGAGCACGUCCCGAAGGAUUACCACUUGUAA